GCCUUCCCUCACCAGCCCGAGUCCAGUGAUGGCUGUAACGGGUUCAAACAGUGGCAUACACCUGGUCACCUGGCAUCACUCAGCCACAGAAGACACCUACGUCCUGAUUGGGGAUGCGAUUCCGUCUUGAGAGGGCAUUCUGUGUCAGAUUCGCUUCCUUGUGGCAGCUGUGGGGUGAACACAAGAUUCAGACAAGGCACCCCUCCAGAAGGCCCCCAAGUCGGAGGACGGGGGCUGCCCCCUCAGCUCCUGCGAGGUGGAGAGACAGCACGUCCUGGCUGGGUGUAAAGUCAGCGAUUGGCAGGGGUGGAGGGAGGGAGGAGACAAGCCCUCCCUUGGUGGAUCCCCUCCCCUGGAUUCCCCCUCCCUUUCCAAGUGGGAUAUAAGUCCCGCCGGGAAGCUCGGAGCAGAGGCCAGCGUUCAGGAGCUGUCCAGCACUCUAGCCUCCCCUGCCUUCCACCUCCUGCUCAUCUCGCUUCGGGAGCUGUCACUAUGGUGGCGGUGCAUAGGCCUUGGUCCGUCAUGGUCGGAGUGCUGCUAGUCCUUCUCGCCUGCCUGGGAGCGCUGGUGGACGCCUACCCCACCAAACCCGAAGCUCCGGGCGAAGACGCCUCCCCGGAGGAGCUGAGCCGCUACUACGCCUCCCUGCGCCACUACCUCAACCUGGUCACCCGACAGCGGUAUGGGAAAAGAGACAUCCCAGAAACUCUACUCUCCAAACUGCUCUUCACCGAUGACAGCAAAAACCUCCCCAUCAGGCCAGAAGGUGCCUACCAAUGGUGAAGACCCCCGAGACCUCCUUCGAGAUGUGGAGAUGUGCUAACUAUACCGACUUCAUUUGCAUACUUGGUUUGAAGAGAGGGCUCCAUUCCAUAUCUUGGUGUGCCGGGCGCCCAGGCUUGAGGGCGGUGUGUGUUCAUUUCCCUGUCCCCAAAUAAAAAGCAAA